GGUUUGUCAAUUUUGAUUAUCAUUGAAUCAAGGACAGAUGCACUGAAUGAUGUCCUAAUGAAAGUGAAUGGACAUGAUGAAGUGACAGGUCAAAAUGAGUGGGAGCAGUAGAUGACUUCAUUAAGUGCAGAGGUGUGCAUAUGCUGUGACCCAAAAAAGCCAACAUUUUGCACUGUAGAGGAUGGCAUCCCAGUGGCUUCAGAUCACAUUUAUAGCUUUUUCAAUAUGCCUAAUUUCUUGCCAAGUAAUUAAUCGUCCUCCAUCAAUAACAUCUGUAUUUGAGCCAGCAUACUACAUUCAAUUUUCUCACCCAACUUCAGUAACGAUACGGUGUGUGGCCGUUAAUGGGAACAUAACGUAUCAAUGGAGGAAGGACAAUGUUGCAGUGAGAAAUAGUCGACAAGUUGCUGUAGAUUCCAAACUGGGCACCAUUACUUUUACACGGGUGGACAAUACAGACUUUGGAACUUAUCAGUGCUUCGCCAGUAACAGUUAUGGCACUGCCCUAUCACAACCAAUACAAGUGAAAUUAGCUUUUUUGGGAAGUUUUCCAGAUGCCCCAGUGACUAUGGACUGUACGGAGAAUCAGGAUUGUGUGAUCCAGUGUCGCGGCCGUCCAUCAUGUGAGCCCGCAUCUGAGUGUCGAGUGGAGUGGAAGAAAGGCCCGGGUACUGAUAACAAUGUCCAAGUAUCAGACAGGAUAGCAGUGGAUGGCGAGGGAAAUUUGCACAUUUUGAAUGUAAAGCAGGAAGACUGGGUCCCUGGACAGGAUUAUGGCUGUGGACUGUGGAAUGAAGUGACCAGGACGUUUACUAAAGGCAGUAUGACGUCCCUCCGGAUCAUCAGAUCUACGACUAAGCUGAUGGAGCCAAAGCCAGUAUAUUCAGCCAAUACAAAGGCUUUUCUUGGACAGAAAGCAUCACUGCAGUGUAUUUUUGCAGGAAGUCCUAUCCCCACCAUAAGCUGGAAGACUCCACAACUUGAACCAAUAGAUUUUACCAAUAGUGCAAAAUAUGAGCUGGAUGAUUUUGGUAGAAAGCUAGUGGUGAAGGAUUUGACUAUUGAUGAUGAGGGGUCCUACACUUGUAUUGCAAAUAAUCAAGUUCAGCAACAGGCCUUUUUAAAUGUUACAUCUCCUCCUUUCUUUGAUCCACAAAGCAAUAACCCACAGAUGUCUGACACUUAUGUCUCUGCUCAAAAGAAUGCAGUGUUUUACUGUGAUGUUGUGUCAGUGCAAGGAGAAGUUCCCCCCUCACCUCCUAUAUGGAAGAAAAAUGGCAGAGACAUUGGGGCCAGUCAAGGUUUAAAAUACUUGGUAAGUUCGGACAUGAAGGAACUGACAGUGUUAGAGGUUAAAAAGCCCAUUCCUUCACGACCAGGAUCUGGGUCGACAGGAAGUUACCAGUGUGUUUCGGAAAACAGUGAAGGCAUGAUCUUUAAGGAUGCGUUUCUAGCAGUUAUUGAUCCCAUUAUGGUUUUCCUCAAACCAGAAAAAUUGUACCGCAUAGACAGAGAAAGCCUGUUGACUCUAGCAGUGGACGCUAGGACAGACCCAGCAUUGACUUUACGAUAUAAAUGGAGAUUUACAAAUCUGGAUAAUGUGACCAAAUCUGUAUCAAAUAAAGGGCAAUGGACACUGUCCAACAAUAAUAGGAAUCUCACCAUCAAUGCACGAGGGUUAAAUAAAGAACAAUUUUUUAAUAUUGUUGGACGAUACAGUGUGGAAGUAUAUCAUCAAUAUGAUGCUGAAUUUGUCCAUGUGGAUGUUGUUACUGACAUACCUGCAAAUGUCACCGACCCAUUACCACCUGUUUCCCAAGCACCCCCAUCUGAGGCUAAUUUAUGGUUCCUGGGAAUUAUCUUUGGAAUCCUCAUCCUGAUCAUCGUCAUCAUCUUAAUUAUAUGUAUGCUUUAUCGCAAUACUUGUAAAAGUGGAACAUAUCCAGUGGAUGAGAAGGAGGUAGCAGCAGGGCAUGAUCCAGAAAAAGAAUUGGCAGACAGUGGAUUCCAUGAUUUGUCUAGAGCAGAUGAAGAUGGUCACAAGUAUGACAACAUUUCUCUGUCUGAUGACUUUGGUAAGCAGAUAGAGAGUGAUGAAGACAGUAUGGGGGAAUAUGGAGGAGAUUUAGACAUUAGUAAAUUUAAUGAGGAUGGAUCUUUUAUAGGAAUAUAUGCUGACAAAUUAGCACAGAAUUCAAAACAGUCAACAGUCUGACACAAACAAUGUGUGUGAAAAUGCUUGCCAUUAAAAAUUGACAUUGCCAGUAAAGAAGUUGUAAAUCCGUAGAUUCACAGUAAUGGAAUAAUGGAUAAGGAAGUUUCACCAUAAAAACAGAUUCCUUUGAACUAUAGACUACAGAUCCACUGCCACUCUAUCUCUCGGAGGUUUGAGAGGUAGAAUCCUUCAGCUCUGUUGAAAAUGAGUUCACUGUGAAACUAGUCAAGGACAUUAUUGUGCAGGGGCAGCCAUGAACUCUAAGGCGGAUUGAUAUCUAUUUUCUAUCGUGCUUUUGUGCUGUAUGUAGAGUAAUAAAGAAUAUCAAAUGCUGAGCUUCCAGCAAAUAUUUAUACAGAGGUGGACCAUUAAAUAUUCUUUUUUGGACUCUAUGAACACAUUCCAGGGUUUAACCAGGCAUCAUAGUUUGUUUAUUUUUUCCAGGUGACUUUACAUAUUUCAGUUGAAAUAUAUGUUUGACUUGAAAUCCUUAAUUAUAUCCAAUUCAUGGCAAUCUGUAUCAUUUUUUAUACCCCCCGCAAACGAAGUUUAGGGGGGGUAUAUUGGAAUCAGCAUGUCCGUCUGUCUGUAGACGAGAUUUUGUCCGGACCAUUUCUUGGAAACUGUUGGAAGGAUUUGUCUAAAAAUUUGUACACUUAUUAUUCACCAUAUGAAGGUGUGCACCUGGUAUUUUCAUUAUGAUUGGAUAAUUAUUUUGCAUUUUACAGGUGUUUUUUCAUUUUUAUUAUGUGGUUUUGUCUGGAUCUGUUCCCAGAGACUAUUGCAUAGAUUUGUAUGAAAAUUUGUACACUUAUUGUUUACCAUAUGAAGAUGUGCACCUGGUAUUUUCAACAUUAUUUGAUAAUUUUUCUGAAUUUUACAGGUGUUUUUUUUUUUUAUUUUUAUUGACUUAGUCAUUUUGGGUUCAUGUCUAAGGUUUGAGACAUAGAAUCUAGAACAUCUGUACAAAAAUGUGAACUACAGCUUAAAACUACUCAUUAGAACUAAAAAAAAACACAAAGUAUUAAAAACAGUUUUUACAUUACACAGGAGAUAGUGUAAAUCCAUUUGUCCCUUGGGAGUAAUGAGUGGACAUGCAUCCAGUUAAAGAUUAAUUAAUGAGUUCAAUGUGGGAAGCUGUUAGGGCAUCUCUGAUCAAGCAAGUCUUAUCUGUAUCUCAGGGGAAUUGGGCAGAAAGAAAUAAAGAUCUCUGUUGUCUAAGUGUCUUACUUGUAAUUUAUGUCUGUCAAAAUACAUAGUUACUAAAACCAGCCUUUUAUUUUUAAAAUGAGUUUGAUAUAAAGGUAUUAAAAUCAAUUUGAUUUUGUAUAAUUAAUUAUGAUAUUUUUUUUUUCAACAAUCAAUUUGCAGAGUGUCAUGUCUCACAAAGAUGGCAGAUAGUUGCAAACUAUUUUUUCAAUGUAAUAAAAAACACUGUAAUUAUUAGUGUUGAUGUUUUAUUAGGCUGCACCUUAGUUUCAUUCAUUAAAUAAAGUGCCCCACCACAGCAUGAUACGCUCAUCAAAUAUUGUUAAAUUAUCAUAAACAGUUUAGAUUCAAUUGUUCGAAUGACAUCUUAGCGAGACAAGGCAGUCUGCAAUUUGUUGUAAAGAUAUAAAAAUUCAAAUAAAAAAUAUACAAUAAAUAAUUAGUUUAAAUUAUAUUAUACAAUAUCAUACAAGUUUUAAUUAUUAUAUACAAUAUCAAAUUAGUUUUAAUUACAUCAAAUUUAUCUUGAAAGUAAGACUAGCCAACAAGAACAAUUCAAUACAACAAAAGCAAUUAAUUAAGAGACUGAUUCCUUUUGCCCAUUUCCCAAGAGAUGUAGAUAACACCUGCUUGAUCAGAGAUGCUCUGCCAGUUAUCUCCUCACACUAAACUCAUUAAUUUAUCUCUAAUUUGACAUGCAAUUUUCUGCUAUCAAAAUUUUCCUUGACCAGUGCCUGAUCAUUACACCCAUGGGAGAGGUGGAAUUUUUGUUGUUACAGAUUGCUGUAAAGAACAUAAUGAAAAAAAUAAGACUAGUAUUUUCUUGAUUUAACACUUUUUUAAUAAAGAUACUGCAAUACUCUGACAUCUUUUGGGAUUGUGUAAUUUAAAAGUUAAAAGACAUAGUUUUUUGAUUCUAAGUCUAAUGGUUUUCUAGUUAUGAUUUUUCCAUAUUUGGCCAUAGCGUCUUUAUUAAAGGUCAGAGCGACUUGGUUUUAAUGUGCGACACACCUUCUACCCUUGAUGUAUCAGCUGACAAAGUUUGAUAAUUUGCCUUAUAGUAUUAAAGUUAUGAGCCGGACAUGAAAAAGCUAACGGACGGACGGACAUGAACGCUAUAACAUAAUUUGUCCCGUCUUAAGACGGACGUAUAAAAAAAUAUAAUGAGUAAUUAAAUUUUCACUGUAAAUGUUUAAGGAAAUUGUGAACACCUCUCACAUUUAGAAAACAUUAGUGAUUUGGUACUUUCUCUGAAAAACCCAGCGGGGGGUAUUUGUCCCUUUUGGACAGUUCUAGUUUUGUAUUAUUAUUAUAUCAGCUUAAACCUUUGUUUUCAGUUAAUUAUGUUAAACAUUCCAUUUAUCUCUGUACAGUAGGUACCAGGGAUGGGUGCUUUUGCUACAGGUGUACGUAUAUGUGCUUGUCAUUGUAGAUACAUGUAUUACUUGAUUAUGGUAUUCAAGUACAAUCACGUAUAUUUUAUACUAAUGAUAAAUCAUUUUAUACAUACUAGUAAUGGUCCAUUUCAUGUAAAUGCUAUUUUUUCUCUAUUUUUUUUAUUUAAGGAGAAAAUACAUGCAUGGGAGAACACACACAUAAUUAAGGUGCAAUCAUUUUUUUUUUAAGAAUAUAUCUAAUUUUGUAUAUACACACAUACAUGUAUACUUGCAUGAUUUAGAAAAAUGUCUCAUUUUUACCAAUAUUAUUAAGUGUUAAAACUAUUUCUAAUUAAAGUUAAAGAUGUUUAUAUCACAUUUAUUUUUGUGGAAUAGACAUCUAAUAGGUAUGCAACUUAAUUUCGUAUCUAAGGUUGAAUAAGUAGUAAAGUACUGUUUGUAAAUUUGAAUAUAUUGUAAAUGCAUGAUCUCAGAAAUUUUUAAAUUUAAUUAUUUUUAAAUGUAUAAUUUUUUUGCAAUAUUGCAUCAUGUCUUUAAUGUUUCAGCUGAAAGUGUUGUGACUAUAUUAUAAAGUAGAUAGAUUUGGAUGUGUGUGUGUUUUUUUUUUAAUUUUAGCGCUGCAGUAUUUUAUGCUGUACAUAUUUGGCCACCCAGUGAAUGUGAGCAGGGCCAGUGGCAUAUUAUGUGCAAUUAUUUUUGUUUGUUUGUUUGUUAAACAAACUGAAAUAUAAAUUAUAUAUUUUG